UUCCAGCAGCAGUAAUAAUACAGUGUCCGUCGCCGAUGCGGGGUUCCACGAGCCUUCCUUCUUUCCCUGCAAACUCUGAAUUCUCUGCAUAGAAGAAGAGGUCAGGUCUCAGGAAACCCAACUCCUCCCUCCCUCCCCCUUCUCUCUGCUCAUAGAUCUUCGUCCCCUUCACGCAUCUCUAUGCACCCUCCAUUAUUAUACUGCUAGCCAAUAAAUUCGAAUUCUCACGUCUCAGUUUCAUCAAAUUUUCACUCUCUCUCUCCUUGCAUGGACGGUCCCCUCUCAAUCUCACCAAUCUCAACGGUCAGAUUUCUUUCCCCCUCUCUCUUUUAUGCACGAAUUCUCUGUCUUCUCUCUGUUUUAUUACUAUGCGUGUUCAAUUUUUUCACCUGCCUGUGCUCUGUACUACAUGCAUGAUGAUAACUCUGUUCUAGUCAUGUCAAGGUUCUCUAAUAUUUAAUUUAAGUUCAAAAUUCUGCUUCUCACCAAUUUCUUCGUAUACCCAUCACGUUAUUGCAACAGAUAAUCUUCGCUUGGAUCUGUCGUUACUCACGAUGCUCUUCCUCUCAAUUUGUAUUCUCAGGCGUUCAAACCAACAUCAUCACCAUGAAAGCUACGCCAUUUCUCUUUCAGUUGACUCUUUUGGGCUUCUUCUUGUUUGGUUCCUUUAGGGUUAUGAUAUGGGCUGUGGAGGAUCCAAGGUCGAUGAUUUGCCGCUGGUAACUCGUUGCAGAGAGCGAAAAGAACUUAUCAGGGCCGCAUCUGACCACCGCUACGCUCUUGCUGCCGCUCACGUCUUGUAUUUUCACUCGCUGAAGGAUGUUGGUGAGGCAAUUCGGAGAUUUGUUGAUGAGGAACUCGUGACUGCUUCUUCUUCGUCUCCUGGGUCUCCUGUUCUGACAUUACCGUCCCGAGAAGGAAAAUCGAAGCAAAAAUCCAAAAUCUCUUCCUCAUCGACAUCGAUUUCGCAUUCUGUGGAAGAUAGUACUCAUAAUAAGGGCAAAAACAAAGAGGAUGCGGAGAUUGAAGAUUCACAUUUGCAUUUAUCAUCAUCUGGUUCGGACUUGAACUCUGAUUCGGGCCACAUCCACAUCCACGAUACCCCUGAGGAGGAAGAAGUUUUGCAGCAACGAGAAGUGCCUUCCACUUCUUACAAUUUUAAUGAUUAUCCUCCUCAAGGGAAUUGGGGAUACAAUUAUCCUGAUGAUAAUUCGUAUCCGUAUCCAUACCCAUACCCGUAUCCGUUCUCCAAUCCGUAUCCUAACAUGUAUUACAUGAAGAGGUCUGCCACUCCGGCGAAGACGGUGGUGUAUGAGGAUCCAACGGUAAAUGGGUACUCGAGUUAUUAUGGAAAUGGCGGGUAUUUCGGGUACCCGGUGAUGGGUUCUCCCCAGAAGGAUCCAAGUCCGGAGAGGCCGCCACCGGCGCCCCCAUCACCGCCGAGAGUGUCGACUUGGGACUUUCUCAAUGUAUUCGACACGUACGAUAACGAUACUGGUGGGCUUCCAGCUUAUUUCUCUGCGGGAAGGUACGGGUACGGUUCGACCACGAGCAGUCCGGAUUCGAAGGAGGUGAGAGAAAGGGAAGGUAUACCAGAUUUGGAAGAGGAAACAGAGCAAGAAGUGAUAAAAGAGGUUCACAAAGAAAAGAAGAAAGCGAAAGAGCACAUGGACGUGAAUGGCAAAUUCAAGUUACACGAGGAAGGGAGUAAAAAGAAUUAUGGAGAAGGUACCUCUAAAUCAGUGCCAGUUGGAAGCAGCAGUGAGAGUGUGGACUCAGUUAAGGGUAAAGAAAUCAAGAGCAGUACUAGUCCUGAUACAUUUCGUAGCCCUGACAGUAUUAUUUCUUCUAAGAGUCCUGAAGAGGACUCUGUAAGAAAGAAAGGAGUGAGCUUUGAAGUUGAGGAGGCAUCAACAGUGGAUAUUGAGUCUUCAAAACCUAGUAGCUUAACUACAUUGUCCGUUCAUGGCACUAGGGAUCUCGAAGAAGUGGUGAAGGAAAUCAGGGACGAGUUUGAGAUUGCCUCUAGUUAUGGGAAGGAGGUUGCCUCAUUGCUUGAGGUUGACAGAUUGCCUUACCAGCGAAGAACCACCUUGCUAGGAGUGAUAUUUUCCCGGAUUCUGUAUCUGGUGUCAUCACAUCCUCCAACCAGGCCAUCGGUACAAAUCUCUCCUAGGGCAAUGAAAAUUGCAAAAGCAUACACCGGGGAUCCUGGAAAUGAUUUUGAUAUGAAGGCUAGAAACCUAUCAUCUACGCUAGAUAAACUUUAUGCAUGGGAGAAAAAGCUGUACAAGGAAGUUAAGGAUGAAGAAAGGCUACGAAUUGACUAUGAAAAACAGUGCAAAAGGUUAAGAAGUUUAGAUGAACAUGGAGCUGAAUCUAGUAAAAUUGAUGCUGCCCAGGCUUCAAUAAGGAAGUUGCUGACAAAAAUCAAUGUUACUAUAAGAACUGUUGAUGCCAUAUCUAGCAAGAUACACAAGUUGAGAGAUGAAGAAUUGCAGCCUCAAAUCUCUGAAUUAAUCCAUGGAUUGAUAAGAAUGUGGAAGUCCAUGCUCAGAUGUCACCAGAAACAGUUCCAAGCUAUCAUGGAGAGCAAAGCUCGCUCGCUCAAGGCAAAUACUGGUUUGCAAAGAGAUUCUGGUUUGAGAGCUACUCUUGAACUUGAAACAGAGCUAAUUAAUUGGUGCACCUGCUUUAAUAAUUGGAUUAACACCCAAAAGUCAUACGUGGAAUCAUUAAACGAGUGGUUAUUAAGGUGCCUUAUCAUUGAACCUGAAGAAACUGCUGAUGGAAUUGCACCUUUCUCCCCAAGCAGAAUGGGUGCACCAGCUAUUUUUGUAGUUUGCAAUGAUUGGUAUCAGGCAAUGGUUAGGAUUUCCGAGAAGGGGGUGGAAAAUGCAAUGCUCAACUUUGCUUCAAGCUUACAUCAAUUAUGGGAACGACAAGACGAGGAGCAGCGACAGAGGAUCAAAGCAGAGUACCUCACAAAGGAUUUUGAGAAACGUCUAAAGACCUUACGCAUGGAGAGGGGAAGGAUCAUGCAGGAACAGGAAGCAUCGUCAGAUAAAGCUAUGUCAAAGGUUCCUUCAGAAAGCGGGGUUUCACCCCUAGAUGAUCUGAAGGUGGAUUUGGAUUCAAUGAGGAAGAAAUUAGAAGAAGAGAGAACUAGGCACAAGGAAGCUAAGAAACUAGUUCAUGAUGCAGCUUCAGGUAGUUUACAAGAAGGUUUGGUCCCAAUUUUUGAGGCUUUGGGCAACUUCACUUCAGAGGUUUUGAAAGCUCAUGAGCAAGUUAGGCUUGAAAAUGCUGGAGGCUUAUAGUUGACGAGUUUAUCUGGGAAACUAUUCUUGGAAGGACCCUGCGUUGCUCAGUAGAGAUGAAAUGGGAUCAAAAGCCUAUAGAAACGAGUAUCAGAAAGAAUGGAGAGCAGCUUUAAGGAGAUGAGAUAGUGGAAUUGCUUAAAGAAGCAAUGAAGAAUGCAAACUGUGGUGGGCAAGUUCAAAUAUGCUUUUCUUUGUAAUAUGGUUUUCCCAUAAGCCGGGUAGAUAUUAGGAAUUUUGUACAGAAAUUCUUUUAUUGGUUGAUUGGUGGGUGAUGGUUGUAUUUGAUGUAAACUGGACUGAGUUUGGAGGAGGAUUUCAACUGAGUUUAUUUAGACUGAUCAGUUUAGGAAACUAACAAAUUUUGAAUCAAAGUAUUGGAUAAUGAUAUAGAGAGGCCUCCAUAUAUUUU